CAUGCCAGCUGUGAAAUGCAAAGUAGAAACAGAGGCUGCAGAGCUCAGCAUGAAGAUGAAAGAGAAGAAAGCUGCUAAAGAGAAAAAACCCAUUAAAGAGGCAGCAUUAAUAACCGAAGAAGAGUUUGAAAGUAUUCCUGUGUAUUUGAAAGGCCGUAUAAAGCAUGAUGAGAUUAAUGCAGUUGUUCAAGAGAUUAACAAGGCCGUGCUGGGCAAGUACAAGGUCUUGUGUCAGCCUUUGAAGUCUAUGACUGCACCAGUCAGAAGCCUCUACCACAGGUUCAUGGAAGGAGAAACUAAGGAUACAAAAGAAUUGUUUUUCGUUGUGGAGGAUGAUAUCAAGAUGUUCGCUCAGCUGAAAUUGGACAAGAGGUUCUACAACAUCCUCAGCAUCCUGAGGCACUGCAGGAGAGUGAGAGAGAUUCGUGGCUCCGGACUCAUCCGCUACGUCAUCUGCUAACAGCUCCCUAGAAUUUUUCUCCCAUUUGUUGCCGAAGAGAAGAGAACAAUGGAUAUUGGAGACAAAAGAUGUGGAAGGAGAGGGGUGGGACUGUGAGGUGGGGAAGCAAAGGUAUGCAGUUUGGUACUGUCCUUUAGCCGGGGGCAUUUCUCUUAGUAAAGGCAAAGAGGAGCCUGGGCUGGGGGUCAGGGGCUGCGCUUGGGCUUCAGUGCUCUCAGGAUUGGAGGGGAGACAGGUGGGGUUUGUGGUUUUGGCUUGUGCUGCGGAGAGAAUUCACUGCUCCUGCACUGCACUGCACUGCUACUGUCCUGCACUGCUUCUCCUUGGCUUGAGUGCGCCUUUGCUUGUGGCAGCAGCCAUCAAACUGGCACCUUUCCAAGCCCCAGACUCACUGGGAGGGACCCUUCCCAUCUGCUGAGCUACCUCAGGACUUUCUUAAUCUUUCUUCUUGUGCUAACUGUACUUUUUGGAGUUUUCUACAUCACCUGAAUAGGAAGAUCUGAGGAGAUCCGAAUACUUCUAGACUGAUUGGUGAUUCUGUUAGUCUUGUUCUUUUCCACCAGACAGAUUUUUUCCUCAGAUACUUAGACUGGCCUGAAACAGUUGGGGUUUGAAAUGAAAAUAUUCACAUUAAUCUGGAAAAUUCAGGUCAGACUUGUCCUGUUUUUAUUAUGGGAGUCUUUAUUACAGCUUUUGUUGCUUUCAAAUUAUUUAUUAGCGUAUUAAAGUUCAGAGAAGAUCUAUUGUGAUAAAUAUAAACUCUGCAAGUAACAAAAACUGUUUUGAUAGGAAAAGCUGUGUUCCUUUUCUUUCAUGAGCCUAUAUCUGCUGUUAUCCUAACAUCUCCUCUAAAGUGCCUCCUCUUGUCCUCUGUCAGCAUUAACAUGAAAUUUAAUGUGCAAAAUAUU